AAAGUGCUAUAAAUCUGUCCCGUUGAUUUCCCUGUAGAACUCAGACUGAGAGCGAAGAACCUCAACCGUUAGAUUUGAGCACAGUUGACAGACAGGAGUUGAUUGAUCGCAUUAAACAUUACGUGCUUGUCAACAGACUUAGGGUGGAAGAGUUUUUCCAAGACUUUGACCCUUUGCGUCACGGUUCAAUCAGCAGGCCUCAGUUCAGGCGUUGUUUAAGCUUAAUGGGUCAACCCAACCUAACAGAUGAGCAAUUUGAAGUCCUCGCCCAGUACUACAAAGAUCCUAAGUUGCCUAGCAACGUUAAGUGGACAGGAUUCCUUACAGAUACAGAAAUGGUCUUUACAAGACGUGGACUGGAGAAGACUCCCACAUACACAGUGCCUGCUAUGGAGACAUUUCAAAUGAGUAGGCCUGGGGCUGGUUCAGAAGAGCUUGAACAAGACGAAGAGGUCUUUCUGGAGCGAAUCAAGCAACGCAUGCGUCGGAAACUAACCGAGCAACGAAUUUUAUCCAAGCCGUGCUUUCAAGAUUUUGACAAGCACAACAACGGUCACGUGACAAAGAUCCAGGCCAGUCAAUGUCUACACAUGCUAGGCCUGACGGAUGUUCCCGAAGAAAUCAAGGUUCUCCAGAACAGAUACUCAGAUGAUAUUGGAUUCAGCUAUAUUCAAUUCUUGGAUGAUCUUCAGCCGUCAGAACAACAAGAGUUGAAAUAUCUGCGGAGAUUGGAAGAACUAAAACUAACCAACCAGAAACAUUUGCCCGACUUGGGUGACGACAACAUCGAGAAGAUCAUGUAUAAAAUAAAAUGCCGUGUGAUGAAGGAACGAAUGAGACUGUCUGAGUUCUGCAAGGAUUACGACAAGCUGCGCACGGGAAGAAUACUUAAGACUGUAUUUCCCAGAGCCAUGGACCUAGCGUCACUUAAACUUACCAGGGUGGAAGUGGAACAGCUUAUGAACAGAUACACGGCUGUUGGAUAUCCGGAUUAUGUACAAUACACAGCAUUUGUGGAAGAAAUUGAGUCUAUCUUCACGCUGAGAGACCUGGAGAAAGCACCCGAGAUUGUUCCGAUCCAGUUCCGACCUCAACCCGAAAAUGAAUACUGCAAACUGUCUUUGGAGGAGGAGCAGGCCUUGGAACUAGUCAUGCACCGAUUGGCAGACCGCGUGCGCAAAUGCCGAAUUCAAAUUUUCCCGCUCUUUGAGGAUUACGACCGCGUGCACAACGGCACUGUCUCUCGUUCCCAAUUCCAUCGCGUUCUGAGCGAGCUGGAUCUCGGAAGCCUUGUUAGUGCGAGGGAAUUUUUGGCCAUAAAGAAAAAAUUCGACGUCGUAUUAGGUUACAAGCACGACUUUAACUACAUCGGUUUCUGCGACAUGAUCAACGACUUCGCUAAUUUCGAGUACGGAAAACCAUGAACUCAACUAGAUUUGCUUCAGUAAAACUGUUGUUUGCGUUGAAGGAAGAGGGAGGUUUUAUCUUCUCUUUGUAAAUAUGUUUUGCUUAGAUUUCCGAGUGUACAUGAAAAGUAUUUUAUUCAUAAAAUGUUUGAAAAUAAGUUCACGAUGUUAAAUCGGGAUACUCCGUACUUUAGCUCAAAGAUACUUUCCAUAAAAUUGAAAUAACUGUACUUUGAUUCGUGAUUCCAUCUGAUUCAAAUAAAAUGAACUUUAUUCAGUAAAA